CUCAAUCGUCUGCAACCAGCAGGAGCUUCAAACUCAGCAACCAAACCUGACCAAAGUCACAGGUCAACCUUUGGAUGUGGAACUCACCAUAACUACACAACCUGGAAUGGAAGGCGGACUUUCUCCAAUCAUGCAGGAGGCCCCAGUUCAGCUUCCAGGGCCAUCUAAGGGGGGUAUAGCUCAACCCCCAGGAUAUCAGGGGAUGACAGUUCCAACACCAGCUCAGGAUCAAGCUCCGUUUCCAAAAUCACCCCGCAUCACAUUUCAACCUUUUGAUCUGGCACUUACAAUAACUCCACAGCCCAUUACAGAGGCUGAACUUGCCACAAAUGUGCAGGAGACUCCACCUAAAGAAUCUGUAGCUCAGCCACCAGUGCAUCAUGAGGGUCAAAAUCAACCUCCACUAUCACCCAGUGUCACAAAUCAACCUUUAGACCUGGCACUUACCAUUACUACAGAACCUACUACAGAGGCUGAGCAUCCUACAGACCUGAGCAAGACUACAGCUCCAUCUCCAAACCUGACUCCAGUCACAACUCAACAUCUGGACCUGGGACUCACCAUAACUCCAGAAACCAGCAGUAUGGUGACUGAACCCUCUACAGACAUGCAGGAGACCUCCAGUCAACCUCCCACGGAGGGUGUAACCCAAUCUCCAAUACAUCAAGAGGUGACAGUUCCAACACUGGGUCAUAAUCAAGCUCAAUAUCCAACAUUGCCUCACAUCACAGUUCAGCCUUUGGACACAGUGCUUACCAUAAAUGCAAAGCGUACCAGGAAGGCUGAACAUUCUACAGCCCUGAAGAAGACUAAAGUACCUCCCGUGCUCCAUGAGGAGGUACUUUCACAACCAGACCAGGUUCAGGCUCAGCAUCCAACCCUGACAGAAGUCACAGUUCAACCUUUUGAUGUAGAACUUACCCUAACUCCAGAAUCCGUUGUGGAGGGUGAACCACUCCCAACCAUGCAGGAGACUUCAGGGCAGCCUCCAGGGCCACAUAAUGAAGUGGUCUAUCAGCCUCCAGUUUAUUAUGAGAUGGUAGUUCCAAAACCAAGUCAAGAUCAAACUCCGCAUCCAAUGUCACCCAGUGGCACAGCUGAACCUUCGAAGUUAGAGUCAACCAUAACUCAGGUACCCACUACACAGGAUGAACAUUCUACAGCCUUCAAGUCUAUAUCUCCUCCUCCUUAUCCAAUGUACCCUGAGGUGACAUUUUCACCUCCAGUCCAGAUUCAGACUCAGUAUACAAACCUGCCUCAAGUCACAGUCAAGCCUCUGGACCUGGAAAUUACCCAAACUCCACAACGUACUACAGAGGCUACACCUUCUACUACCAUGCAAAUGACCCUAACUCAGUCUACAGAGCCACUAAAGGAGCUCGUAACUCAGUCCCCAGGGGACAAUGAGAUGACAGUUCCAACAGCAGGUCAGCAUCAAGCUCAGCACCCAACAUCACCCAGUGUCAUAGCUCAGCCUUCCAAGAUGGAGCUAACCAUAACUCUGGUACCCACUGCAAAAGCUGGCCAUUCUCCAUCCCUGAAGAAGACUACAGAUCUACAUCCAGGCCAGGUUCAGACUCAGCACUCAACCCUAACUGAAGUCACAGAUCAACCCCUGAAUGUGGCUGCCACCAUAAAUGUCUGUGAGCUCUGCACUUGCAAAGAUGAGACACUUUCAUGCACUGGCCUCAGCCCAGUGCAGAAGCUUCACAGAGUUCCUGUACCAGAGCCCAACAGCUACAAUGGCACCUUCAGCAUAUUAAAUUUCCAAGGAAACUCGAUUUCUUUCAUUGAUGAAAAUGUAUGGAAAGCAUACCGCUGGGCUGAGACACUAAUCCUCAGUGAAAAUGACUUGACUGAAUUACAUAAGGACUCAUUUGAAGGCCUGCUAUCCCUCCAACACUUAGAUUUAUCCUGCAAUAAAAUAGAGUUUAUCGAAAGACGUGCAUUUGAGUCACUCCCUUUUUUGCAGUCUAUAAAUCUUGGUUGCAAUUUACUGACAGAACUGAGCUUUGGAACAUUUCAGGCGUGGCAUGGAAUGCAGUUUUUGCACAAUGUAAAUCUCAAUCGUAAUCCUCUGACAAAUGUUGAAGAUUCGUAUCUUUUUAAACUGCCAGCAUUAAAAUAUCUAGACUUGGGAACAACACAAGUACCACUUACCACAGUUGAGAACAUCCUCAUGAUGACUCUUCAAUUGGAAAACCUGAUCUUACCUAGCCAUAUGGCCUGCUGCCUCUGCCAAUUUAAACAUACUAUCGAGGUUGUCUGCAACACCGUCAAGCUUCACUGUGACAAUGAAUGCCUGCCAAAUACGACACAUUGCCUUGAAGAAGCAUCUAUAGGGAACCCAAAGGGGCCAUUCAUGAAGAUAUUGCAAGCCCGGAAGAACAACACCAGCAAGCAGCUGACUAUUGAGCCAGAGAACCCAGUAUCAGAGAGAAACAGUGUGGACUUCCCAAGCCACAUGAGUGAACAGCGGGACUUCAACAAUGAAAGUGAUGUUAUUAGUGCACUGAAUUACAUAUUGCCUUAUUUCUCAGAGGAAAAUCUACAAAAUGUAGAAUCAACAUUAUUACCAUUCAUUACACUACUUUUUUCAAAUGUGCAAGAUAGAGAUAAGUCCCUGAGCUACGUGAAAACCCACAUAAGAAGGCCCUCUCAUCCUUACAGAAAUAAGUUGAGAAAGCUCUAUUUUCUACAGAAUUUGUUAGAUGAAGAAGUUCAAGAAAAAAUCGAUGAGGUUAAGAAGGAAGAAAAGGCCAUGCUUAUGCAGCCUAUCCUGUUAGGUCAUCAAUUUAACCCUCAAAUCCUCCAAAAGAAAUCAGAAACUGCCCCGUCACAGGAGAACAGCCUGGCAACCAUGCCAAGUGUGGGGUACAGGCUGCAGAGAGUGAAAAAAGUCAUCAAGGGGCCAAAGGGCUUACGGAAAAGGCACCUCCAGGAGAUGAGGAAGAGCCUCGGGAGGAGACGGGGCACCUGGCCCUUUGCGGAGAGCAUUGGGGGAAGAAGGCUUGGGAGAGCAGGCUCCAGGGAGCUGAAGGAGCUUCAAGUGGCUCAGAGGCCCAGGCAGGUGGCCGGAAACUCCUUGCACACGGAGCCCUUGCUCACAAAGGAACGUGAGGCUGCAGCCCCCUCUUUCCUGAAGAAACACAUCCUGGGCAGGCCUUCUACCUCCCCUGCAAAAUCUCUCUCUGAGAUCAACAACAAAGGAAAAGACUUAACCUACACCAUUUUUGUCUUAGAAGAUGCCAAUGCUAGAGCUAAAAAUAAGGCGGCAGGGAAACCAAUCUCGCAUUCCAGACAAAAUUACCGCUUUCACAAAACUCGCUCUCACCUGGUCCUCCGAACCCCCAAGGCCAAACUGAGUCGGAAGUUCAGAAGGAAAAAUUCCCUCAACAGGCAGAUGGCUGGGAAGAGGCCUCCGUUCCCUGCACUGCGGAGUCUCAUAAACUCCCCCUCCGGAGAGGCUUUCUCAUCCCCUGGAGGCCUGCAUUCUCAGGGGAGUCCUCCUCUGAGAGAACCUUCUAUAGAAGACACUAGGGAGGAAAACCAUUCCGGAGGGCGUGUUUUUGAAGAAAACAUUUUGCCAGAAAACACCACUGCGCAUGAAGAAACGCUCCCUGGCGACAAAAUGCACACAGAUCCUUCAGCUACAGAUUCUGCUGGGACCGAGUUCAACCUAAUGCCAACUGUGGACCAAACCAAGGAAACACAGUGGGAAUACCCCAGCGAGGGCACUGAAGCCCCCACCAUGCCCGUAGGCUUCACCUACCCCGUGAUGCUGUCCCAGGGAGAACAGUUUGAAAUUCAGCUGAAUCAGCAGCUACAGUCCCUCAUCCCCAACACUGACGUGAGAAGGCUCAUUUCUCACGUCAUCCGCACUCUGAAAAUGGACUGCUCUGAGGCCCAGGUGCAACUGCCCUGUGCCAAGCUCAUCUCCAAAACAGGCAUCCUGAUGAAGCUCCUCAGUGAGCAGCAGGAAGAAAAGAUAGCCAAGGAAGAAUGGGACACAGAGCAGUGGAGGACCGAGACCUAUAUCAAUGAGAGUACAGAAGCCCCGAGUGGACAGAAAGAGCAGGAGUCGAGUAAGCUCGCAAAAGGAGCUCAAGAACACGGCUAUCACAACAAGCUCAUCGUGGCAAUAUCUGUGACGGCAGUGGUCACGAUGCUGGUUAUCAUCUUCUGUCUCAUUGAGAUUUACUCUCAUAGAGGAAGAGGAAGAGGAAGAGAAGACAUAGAAAAAUCUUCAACGGAGCUCAGUGAGGCCCCCGCCGAGAAAACGCCCCCUCCAGAGUCCUCGGCAGAAGGUGAAGAGAGCGAAGCCCCCGAGGAAAACACGGAGUGACCGUCCCGCCUCUGUCACCUGCAAGUCCUGUUUUCUGAUAUUGCAUCUCAGCAGUGCUUAUAAAAUACUUAAUUGCUUACA